CGCACACAUUUCUUUAAUUCUCACUCUUUUUGUUAGGCCAGUACUUUUUUUUUUAACCGGAGGCCCUUAAAGCUUAUUAGCGAUGGCGAUGAGUUCACCUAAAGAACACUAAAUAAAUAAUGGGUAAAAGAAAAGGAAAUGGAGGAAAUGAUGGAGGUAAAAAGAAAAAGUUUAAGGCAUCGGGAUUUGUAGAUCCAAACACCAGUGGGAUUUAUGCUACUUGUAAUCGUGGUAGAGAACAACAAUGUCGUAAAGAGUUGAUGAAUUUAUUCUCGGAGAAGAUUGAAGAAUACUUUGAUUUAGAUAAGGAAGUGAGUGAUGAUGAAGAAGAAGAAAAUGACGAGAUAGAAAAGAAAGAAUUAUCUAUUGAGGAUCAAAUUAAACAAGAACUUAAUGAUAUGAAGGAAGAGAAAAAAUCUAAGAAGGCAUUAUUGCAGCCUAUUGAAUUAGGUUGUGAAUGUCUUAUAUUUAUUAAAACUAGGAGGCCUAUUGAUCCUGAAGAAUUAGUUACUAGAAUAUGUCAAGAAGGAUAUGAAUCAAAUAUAAAGACAACUAGAUAUACUCAAAAAUUAUCUCCAGUAACUUAUUCUGUAAGUCCUACUAUUGAAGAGAUUAAAAAAUUGGCUUUAAGAGUAUUAGCCAAACAUUUUCAUCAACCAAAGGAUAUUCAAAAGCCUCUUAAAUUUGCUAUUCAAAUAAAUAAAAGAAAUUUCAAUGCUAUACCGAAAGACAAUAUUAUUAAAGCUGUGGCAGAAUGUGUUGGUAGAGAACAUGGUCAUCAAGUUGAUUUAAAGAAUUAUGAUAAACUUAUCAUGGUGGAAUGUUAUAAAACGAACGUAGGAAUGAGUGUAGUCGAUAAUUAUUUGAAAUAUGAAAAGUUUAACUUACAACAAAUAUUCGAAAAGAACUUACCAGAUGAUAGUUCAGAUAGUACUAGUAGAGUUAAGAAAAGUUCAGAGCAAAAGACUGAAUCUGACAAUGAAAAGGAACAUUAAUCAAAACGUAAACUGUAAAUAAUAUGU